AUGUUUUACCAAGCAAAGAAUUUUGCCAUUUAUGGUGGAAAUUUUACAGUCAUCACAAAUGAUGAUAGUCAUAAGAUACACAAAUGGCUCAACGCACCAGAUUGUUCAACCAAUUUUGCAACUGCAGUAAACAACAAAUGCUCAGGCACUGGCCAAUGGAUACUUGAACUUGGUAAAUACAAGGAAUGGAGAUCUAACCCUGGCAUACUGUGGAUUCAAGGACCAGAAACUAUAGCUGGGUCAGGGAAGACUUUCCUAAUCACAACAGUCACUGAAAACCUGCGAAACAUGCACCAAAAAAGUCCUGUCUGGUAUCAUUAUUUUGAUACCCGGGAUAACACAGAGUUGAAAACCACAUAUCAUGGAUUCUUGUUGUCCUUGGUUCAGCAAAUGGGACUAUCGAGUGAGGGUAUCCAUCCUGCUCUCAACACCCUUUACAAGUCAAAGCCAUUUGAGCAACUCACACACAGGGAGCUUGAAAACAUAUUGGAAACAAUGAUCCAAGACAGAAAUGAUAUGACCAUUGCUGUUGAUGCAUUGGAUGAAUGCAAAGAGGCGGAUGCAUGCAAGGUGUUAAACUGGCUGACUACAUCCUCAUAUCAGUUGCGGAUUGUUGUGACAAGCAGAUCAAAACCAGAAUUGGCUGUACAGAAUCUGCUUCAAAUACAACUUGGUGGCCCAGAGUCAAGAAUUGAUGAGGAUAUUGCAAGUUACAUUGAACUCAAGAUUCAUGAUCAACCACGGUUCAAAGGUGACAUUAUUGGUGAAAUAAAGGAUACAUUGAACAAAGGUGCUCAGGGAAUAUUUCGCUGGGUGGACUGCCAAAUGAUGCAGUUGCAGAAAUGCAAGAGGAAGAGGGAUGUAAAAGAAGCUUUGAAGACAUUACCUGCAACUCUCACAGAAACAUAUGACCAGGCUUUGGAAAGUUUAACAGAAGAAGAAAAAGACGAUGUACAACAUCUACUUCUGUGGCUUCUUUAUGCUUUUGAGCCAUUGACCAAGAGAAAAGUCAAGGAAAUAUGGAAAUUCAACCUCUUGGAGCAAAAGUUUGAUCCUGAUGAAAUGGAACUUCAGGUGGAGAAGGAUAUUCCCUCUACAUUAGUGACUGUAGGACAGAAUGAUAUUAUUCAACUUGCCCAUGCAUCAGUCAAGGAAUAUCUAAUUUCAUAUCAGCAAUCCAAAGAGAUCAGUAAUUCAUUGUCAUUCAAUGAACACCUAGCUCAUAAUAUAAUGACUCAAACAACCAUCAUUUACCUCAUGCAACAUCAGAAGGCUUCAUUUGAUAGGGAGGGUUUGGUGGCUUAUGCAGUAGAGUAUUGGCUCUCACAUGCAUCAAAGGUGGAGGAGUUGAAAGUAGAAGGCCAAAGUCAGAAUUUGAUAUGUGCAAUGUUGAAAAACAGUGAACAGUUUACAAGAUGGGAAGAAAUGUACAUCAACCAUAUUCAUUUCACAUGGAAUUCCAAAGCAGGCCCAUUAUACUAUGGAGCCCUCAAUGGAUUGUAUGGGGCUGUGAAUCAUCUUUUACAAAGUGUGCAUAAUGUGAAGGAAUAUGUUGAUACACAAGGGGGAUACUUUGGGAAUGCUCUUCAGGCAGCCUCUUUAAAUGGGCAUGAGUCCAUUGUGAAGUUGCUACUGGAAAAAAAUGCAAAUCUGAAUGCACAAGGGGGGGAAUAUAGGAAUGCUCUCCAGGCAGCCUCAUAUCGUGGGCAUGAGUCCAUUGUGAAGUUGUUGCUGAAAAAUAAGGCUGAUGUGAGUGCACAAGGGGGGUACUAUGGGAAUGCUCUCCAGGCAGCCUCAUAUCGUGGGCAUGAGCCCAUUGUGAAGUUGUUGCUGAAAAAUAAGGCUGAUGUGAGUGCACAAGGGGGGUACUAUGGGAAUGCUCUGCAGGCAGCCUCAUAUCGUGGGCAUGAGCCCAUUGUGAAGUUGUUGCUGAAAAAUAAGGCUUAUGUGAGUGCACAAGGGGGGUACUAUGGGAAUGCUCUGCAGGCAGCCUCAUAUCGUGGGCAUGAGCCCAUUGUGAAGUUGUUGCUGAAAAAUAAGGCUGAUGUGAGUGCACAAGGGGGGUACUAUGGGAAUGCUCUGCAGGCAGCCUCAUAUCGUGGGCAUGAGCCCAUUGUGAAGUUGUUGCUGAAAAAUAAGGCUGAUGUGAAUGCACAAGGGGGGUACUAUGGGAAUGCUCUUCAGGCAGCCUCAUAUCGUGGGCAUGAGCCCAUUGUGAAGUUGUUGCUGGAACAUAAUCCUGAUGUGAAUGCACAAGGGGGUAAAUAUGGGAAUGCUCUCCAGGCAGCCUCAUAUAUGGGGAAUGAUGCCAUUGUGAAGUUGCUGCUGGAAAAUAAUGCUGAUUUCAAUGUACAAGGGGGGUACCAUGGGAAUGCUCUCCAAGCAGCUUCAUCUGGGGGAUUUCUAAAGUUACUGCUAGAACAUAAUGUUGAUGGGAAUGCUCUCUAUGCAGCUUCUUAUGAGGGCCAUGAUUCCAUUGUGAAGUUGCUGCUGGAACAUAAUGCAGACGUGAAUGCACAAGGGGGACAAUAUGAGAAUGCUCUCCAGGCAGCCUCCUUAAAUGGGCAUGAGUCUGUUGUGAAGUUGUUGUUGGAAAAUGCUGCUGAUGUUAAUGCACAAGGGGGGCAAUGUGGGAAUGCUCUCCAGGCAGCCUCAUUAAAUGGGCAUGAGUCUGUUGUGAAGUUGUUGUUGGAAAAUGCUGCUGAUGUUAAUGCACAAGGGGGGCAAUAUGGGAAUGCUCUCCAGGCAGCCUCCUUAAAUGGGCAUGAGCCCAUUGUGAAGUUGUUGCUGGAACAUAAUGCUGAUGUGAAUGCACAAGGAGGUAAAUAUGGGAAUGCUCUUCAGGCAGCCUCCUCAAAUGGGGAUGAGUCCAUUGUAAAGUUGCUACUGAAAAAUCAUGCAGAUGUGAAUGCACAAGGGGGGCAACAUGGGAAUGCUCUCCAUGCAGCCUCAUUUCAAGGGCAUGAGCUGAUUGUGAAGGUGUUGCUGAGAAAUAAUGCUGAUGUAAAUGGGGGGUACUACGGGAAUGCUCUCCUGGGAGCCUCAUAUUGUGGGCAUGAGUCUAUUGUGAAGUUGCUGCUGGAACAUAAUGCUGAUGUGAAUGCACAAGGGAGACAAUAUAAGAAUGCUCUCCAUGCAGCAUCAUAUUGUGGGCAUGAGUCCAUUGUGAAGUUGCUGCUGGAACAUAAUGCUGAUGUGAAUGCACAUGGGGGAGGAGAUAGGAAUGUUCUCCAGGCAGCCUCAUAUCGUGGGCAUGAGUCCAUUGUGAAGUUGCUGCUGGAACAUAAUGCUGAUGUGAAUGCACAAGGGAGACAAUAUAAGAAUGCUCUCCAUGCAGCAUCAUAUUGUGGGCAUGAGUCCAUUGUGAAGUUGCUGCUGGAACAUAAUGCUGAUGUGAAUGCACAUGGGGGAGGAGAUAGGAAUGUUCUCCAGGCAGCCUCAUAUCGUGGGCAUGAGUCCAUUGUGAAGUUGCUGCUGGAACAUAAUGCUGAUGUGAAUGUACAUUGA